AUGGCCGAGCACCAGCAAAACGCCUCGCUGUACGUUGGCGAUCUGCACCCCGAGGUCACCGAGGCUACCCUCUACGAGUUCUUCUCGCAGAUGGGCAGCGUCAUCUCGAUCCGCGUGUGCCGUGACGCCGUCUCGCGCCAGUCGCUCGGCUACGCCUACGUCAACUACCAGCAGCACGCCGAUGCCAAGCAUGCUUUGGAGGAGCUCAACUUUGAGAAGAUUCAUGACAAGCCCUGCCGCAUCAUGUGGGCUCAGCGCAACCCCGCUGCCCGUCGCUCUGGUGCCGGCAACAUCUUCAUCAAGAAUCUGAACAAGGAGAUUGAUAACAAGGCCCUCUAUGACACCUUCUCUGCCUUUGGCACCAUCCUCUCGUGCAAGGUCGCCGCCGACGAGAAGGGCGAGUCCCGUGGCUAUGGCUUUGUCCACUUCGAGAAGGAGGAGGACGCUCAAAAGGCCAUUGACACCGUCAACGGCAAGAUGCUGCUCAAGCAGGUUGUGACCGUGACCAAGUUCCUCUCCCGCAAGGAGCGCGAACAGCAGGGUGGCCGCACCUACACCAACAUCUAUGUCAAGAACCUGCCCGACUCGUACGCCACCAACGACGACCUCAAGAAGCUCUUUGAGAAGUUUGGCACCAUCACCUCGACCUUCUUGGCCAAGGACGAGAACGACAAGUCGCGUGGCUUUGGCUUUGUCAACUUUGAGAACUCGGAGGCUGCCAACGCUGCCGUUGAGGCCAUGAACGAGAAGGAGAUUGAGACCGACCGCAAGCUCUUCGUUGGCCGUGCCAUGAAGAAGCACGAGCGUGAACGCGAACUCAAGCGCAUCCACGACAAGAUCCGCCAGGAGCGCGAUGAGAAGAACAAGAACUCGAACCUCUACAUCAAGCACCUGCCCGAGGAUGUGACCGAGGAUGCUCUGCGCGACAAGUUCAGCAAGUUUGGUACCAUCACCAGCCUCAAGAUCAUGACUGACAACAACGGCGACUCGCGUGGUUUUGGCUUUGUCAACUUUGACUCGGCUGAUGAGGCCGCUGCCGCCAUCCAGGAGAUGCAUGGCAGCAUGAUCGAUGGCAAGCCCCUGUACGUGGCCCUUGCUCUGCGUAAGGUUGAUCGCCAGAAGCAGCUGGCCUCGCGCCGCACCAUGCCCGGCCAAAUGCCCAUGGGCUACCUUCCCUUCAUGAUGCCCCCGCCCCAGGCCAACAUGAUGCGCAUGGGCAACCGCUUCCCUCCCAUGUUCAUGAUGCAGCAGCAGCAGCAACAGCAGCAGCAGCAGCAGCAACAGCAUGCCCCCGGCAUGAACGGCAACAUGCGCGGACGUGGACGUGGCAACCCCAACAAGGGCAACGGCCGCGGCCGUGGUCAGGGUCCCAUGCCGUCGCAGGGCCAGCCCAUGCCCAUGCAGUCUGCUCCCUCCGCCGCCCGCGUCGCUGCUCCGGCUCCCAACAACAACCAGGACGAGUUUGCCAACCUGGCGCACAUGACUGAUGCCGAACAGAAGAACCUGUUGGGUGAGAAGCUCUUCCCUCUCAUCCAGCAGGAGUACCACGAGCGUGCCGGCAAGAUUACCGGUAUGCUGCUGGGUAUGGAGACCGCCGAGGUCCUCAACCUGCUCCAGGAUCAGGAUCAGCUCAAGCAGCGCGCUCGUGAGGCCUAUGACCUCCUUGUCAAGCACGAGUCCAACAAGGCUUAA